AUGGCAGAGAGAGGAGAAUCGUCGGAAGCCGUUAUGCUGAAGAAAGCAAAGGAAGAAAAAUUGCGAAAGGGGAAAAUGAUAGUUGGAGAUGAAUCGAAAGCAGAAUUUGAAGAAGGAGAAAAGGUUAAACAAUAUGAAGAAGAAAAAAAAGUUAAACUGGUAACUUCAGAUGGAGUGACCAUGGAAGUGGAAAUUUCAAUCGUGAAGGAGAUGGAAACUAUUCAAACAUUUAUCGGUGCCAUAGAUACUGAUAAUUCUUUUAUCUUUCCAAUUUCCAAUGUGAGCAGCCACAUCCUGAAUCAAAUCAUAGAGUUGGUAAAGGGAGAGUAUGAUGAAGAAUCGGCGAAGAAGCUGAGUCAUGAUGAGUUGAAGGAGAUGCUUGUCGCUGCCAAUUACCUUAACAUGAAGACUCUUUUUCAUUUUAUUGCCACCUGCAUAGCAAACAUUAUUCAGAAUAAGAGUGUUGAGUUUGUUAGAGACUUUUUUGGUAUAAUUAAUGAUUUUACAGAGGAGGAAGAGGCUGAGCUCAGGAAAACUAAUGAAUGGGCAUUCCAAGGGGUCGAUGAAGAUUGA